AUGAUGACGUGCUUACGAGGUCUGCAGGUGCUUCGUGUUAGCAUGAAACGCUUUGCGUCGCUAGCUCCGAAGGUUGAGGAGGCCCGUAUGAGUGUUUCACCGGCUGAAAUCCGGAACAUAGGCAUCGUUGCACACAUCGACGCUGGCAAGACGACGGUGACCGAGCGUAUGCUCUACCUCGCAGGUGUGAUCAGACACAUGGGCGACGUCGACUCUGGGGACACUGUGACCGACUUUCUGGAUUUAGAAAGGGAACGAGUGGAGGUGGAACGAUGCGCCAGAAUUCUAGAUGGUGUUAUUACCGUGCUAGAUGGAUCUGCUGGUGUUCAGGCGCAAACAAUGACAGUAUGGCGCCAGGCAGCUAAAUUUCGCCUUCCUUCAACAUUUUUCGUCAAUAAAUUGGACAAAAGAGAAGCAAAUUUUGAAGAGUCGGUUGACUCAAUGGAGCAGAAGCUUGGUGUUAAAGCAUUAGUGGUUGGUUCUCCGUACUACAGCGAUGGAGUGAUAGGCGGUGUUGUUGAUGUGAUCGCAAAGAAACACAUUCCCAUGUGUGUAGAAGGACAAUGGAAUAAUGUAGAGUUGGCAUCACAUGUUGGUGAGGUCUUUAGCACUUACCGCGAAAGGCUUUGCUGCGAUUUGUCCGAUCUCGAUCAAGAGUUCAUGUCAUUAUUUCUAGAAAAAUACAACGGAGAUGCAGUAUCAGUCCCUUCGCCAGUAAUCAUCAAAGCAUUGCGUCGCAUGACAUUGGCAAAUCUUUCGACUGUUGUUGGCGCUGGGAGCGCCUUGCGAUGUCCAGCUAGCAUCAGGUCUCUGCUUGAUCAUGCUAUCCACUUUUUGCCAUCACCCGAAGAAAGGAAUACAGCUUUGAAGAAACUCUUUGACAAGGAACUUUGUGCUCUUAUAUUCAAAAUUGGUCACGAUAAAAGGAAAGGAAAGUUGAGCUUCGUCCGAGUGUAUACUGGAGUGUUGAAUAACAACACUUUUGUAUACAAUUCUAGCCGGCAGGUAGCUGAAGGCCCAAUUAAGGUGAGAGGAAUGGCCAGCGCUGAUGAGGACACAACAUCAGAAGAUACAGAUGAUUCUUUGAGUGGCGAUCAAAUUGUUGUUGAGUCUUUUGGUGAAGUUAAAAACGUUGUGCUUAAAGGCAUAGAUUCUCCGGAGCCUGUGUAUUUUUGCAGUGUUGAGCCUCCGUCGUCUAAGUCGAUUCAUGAGUUUGAGCGUGCGCUAAAGGAGCUUGCUGUAGAGGAUCCUUCACUACGAAUUCGGUUUGAUACUGAGACUGGCCAAAUUGUGGUGGAGACUAUGGGUGAACUACACAUGGAUGUCGUGAAAAAUCGGCUAAUUCGAGACUAUGGUCUAAAUGUGUUUGUUGGUCCAUUACAGGUACGUUGUCAGUAUAUUGUGGCUGUUUGUGUACUUUAG